UCAUCAUUUACAAAUCCUGCUCAAAUUGUUCACCUCUGUUUCGAAUGCAGGCCCGACAUCUUUGUCGUAUUUCUACAGUUGUAGUCCGAAGUCCAUUACAUGGCGCAGUAGCCAUGUAAUCUUAUUUUUUAGUUGAGACAUCAUUGCCUCUGCUGUCUAACGUGUGUGCUAGAUUUCUGUACUCCACGAUUCUUUCAUUCGGUUGUAUUUUCUCGUUAAGUUUUGUUGUUUUUUGUUACGUUUUAUUAAGUUUCUGUUAUUUUUAAACUUUGUUGACUAUUUUGUUGUUGCAAUGGCGACAUACUCUAACGAAGAAUAUGCGGAUAUCAUAAUGAUUUAUGGUGAGGCCCGUGGUGUCGCUCGUGCAGCGCAACGGCUUUACCACGAACGCUUUCCUGGUCGACGAUUGCCUGGCCGCAGAGUUUUCCCAGACACAUACCGGCGAUUACGCGAGACUGAGAGUGUCACUCUCCGUGAACCAAGGGGACAUGUUGUGCGACAUAAUGUUAAAGUGGACGAAAGAAUACUGGCAUUAUUUGAAGAAGAGGACACAAGAAGCAUUAGAGAUGUGGCGGCACAACUUAAUAUUUCAAUAUGGAAAGUGUGGAAGGUCCUUCGACAAAACGAAAAAUAUCCAUUCCACGUGACUCCUGUUCAAGGUCUUGAGGGUGGUGACUUUGACAGACGAGUUCACUUUUGUCGGUUUUUGUUACACACAGAUGUGGAAAAUCCUGAUUUUUUAAAAAGAAUACUGUGGACGGACGAAUCUAAAUUUACCAGAGAAGGGAUUCUUAACUUAUACAACUUGCACCACUGGGCACCGAAACAGGAAAACCCACAUGCCAAAAGACAAAACUCUUUUCAAUAUCGAUUCAGUGUGAACGUUUGGGCAGGAGUGAUUGGGAAUCAGAGUUCCUGCAAAAUGAUCUGCCGGAAUUAUUGGCCGAGGUGCCCGUGUUUAAUGAAGAUGUGCCCAUAGUAUUUCAAAACGAUGGCUGUCCCGCGCAUUGGCGUUUAACUGUGAGGGAAUACCUUGACAAUGUGUUCCCCAAUUCGUGGAUUGGGCGCGAUGGGCCUAUUGCAUGGCCGCCACGUUCCCCAGACUUAACUACAUUAGAUUUUUAUGUCUGGGGACGUGCCAAAG